AUGCCGACGAUCCGUGUCGGAACUGCUUCACCGGCCACCAGCCCCACAAGAAGCGCUACGCUAAACCGGCUGGCCCAUCUCGCCCACCGCGCUGCCUCUGAAUCAAUCGACGUCUUCUUGCUUCCAGAAGCUUUCAUCGGUGGCUACCCCCAUGGAUCGACGUUUGGGUGCGUCGUUGGCGAGAGGACAGUCCAAGGGAGGGAAGAGUUUGCAAAGUAUUUUGACGGUGCCGUCGACCUGGGGGAUAUUGUUGGCGGGGGGGCUGGAGCUGGAGACAGGUGGGUUAAGAGAGAGCUGCCCGGGCUGGGGGAUGCGAAUCUUCGCGGCGACGGCACACGAGAGGAGCUGGAGAAGAUUGCCAAUGAAACGGGAGUCUUUAUUGUGACGGGGCUGGUUGAGAAGGCUGGGGGCAGCCUCUACUGCUCCGUGGUCUAUGUUUGUCCCAAGGAGGGCAUGGUGGGCAAGCGCCGCAAGGUGAUGCCGACUGCCGCCGAGCGCCUCAUUUGGGCUCAAGGCUCCCCGUCCACGCUCCGCGCCAUAUCAACCACCAUCCGAGGAACGCGGGUCAACCUCGCCGCCGCAAUCUGCUGGGAAAACUACAUGCCCGUCGUUCGACAAGCCCUCUACUCCCAGAACAUCAAUCUAUACCUUGCGCCCACGGCGGAUGACCGCGACGCAUGGCUCAGCCUCAUGCGCACCAUCGGCAUCGAGGGCCGCUGUUUCGCCUUGACCAGCAACAUGGCCGUGAAGCGCGACGGCCCAGCCGUGCAGACGAGCCCGUCACUUCCCAGAGCCCGACGUGGCUCGAUAAUCACAGACGAGGGCUUCCAGAUUGCCCUCCCGGCGAGUCCUACCAAGCAGAAGCGCAGAAAGUCCGUCUUUGACGAGGACGGCAACGAGAUUGUGCUGUGCUGCGACGCCGAAAAUGGUGAUGCUAAGCCCGUCAAUGGCCAGAAGAAGGUCUCUGUCCUUUCGGACGCCAAGAGAGCUGGUUCUGGAUGGGUGCGCCGCGGCGGAUCUUGCAUCGUGAAUCCCUACGGUGACGUCAUCGCGGGUCCGCAGUGGGAAGAUGACGAGGGCAUAAUCUAUGCGGAUAUUGAUCUGCGGGACUGCAUCCGCGGAAGACUGGACAUGGAUACGGCGGGAAGUUACUCGCGCAACGAUUCCUUCAAGUUCAGUGUGGAGGGUUUGGAUCUGGAUCCGCUGCCCUAUCAAUAUCGGGAUGGUGAACAACCAUGA